AUGUCUUUUGACAACAUAUGGGACGAGAUUUCUAAGUCCGCUCAAGAAACUCCUCGUAAUGGCGACUCCUGUGUUUACAUUAUGAGUUGGAAUGACCACUUCUUUAUCCUCAAGGUUGAAAAAGACGCGUACUAUAUCAUUGACAUACUUGGGGAGAGGCUUUUUGAGGGUUGUAAUCACGCAUAUAUCCUCAAAUUCGACCAAGAUACAAAAAUUAUGAAAGCACCUAGUGAGUCUCAACAAUCAGAUGAUAAGCCAUCUUGCGAUAGAAAAGAGAAAACCGAUGUCAAAGAGGCUGCGGAUGAAAGCAAUAUUGUCAUGAGCACCAACAGCGACGACACAAUCCCUAUUAGGGAGUUACAAGUUGAUGUAAAGAAAGGAUUGAUGGCAUCGACACCCCUUCAUCAGCUCCUACAAAUCGAGUUCCACUACACGAUGAGCUUUGUCCCCAAGUUUGAGGAGUCGUCUUCAGAAGAACUGAUUGCUAACAGUUUGGCCAAAGUACCAUCGGCAGCAGCAGAAUAA